AUGUUGCAGGUCUCGUCAAUAAAGAACAGACAUACUACGCUUUCAAAGUUUCAUAUAUGCUGCAAAAGUGGAAAGGUGGUCCUGCCAGAAAUGAAGACGUCACCUCCACUGUUACAUCAACUGCUCUAUGAUAGAACAUCGAAACAUAGUAAAAAUUUCCAGGUUAACAUUAGAACUUACAACGCUAUGUUCUCUUUCACUUCUCCCGGUACGAAAUUUUACACAACUUACUCCAAAGUGGUGGGUCCUCCUACGUUGCGACUUCAUGGUCAAACUUGUCACAGAAUCAGAACGAUGCUCCCUGAAAUCGGUGAACCUCCUCAGUAUGCCCAACUAUAUAUUUUUUACACGAAUAAUGAGGUCGAAAACAGAUUAUAUUGUUUUAGGGAUAAUAAAAAGCUUGAAAAGGAUAUAAUAACCAGCUUGAAAUAG